AUGAAUAUGAAGAAGUCAACCUCCAGCAUGGAAUUCGAAUGCCUCUUCUUGAAAGACUGCCGUGACUACAUCCACAAGUCGAAAUCAAACAUCUUUAAAGUACAAGAUCUCCUCUCCGAAGAAAGCAAUAAUGGGGUUAAGGAUAAUUGCAAUUACAUACGUCUUUUUGAAUCAAGACUAAUAGACCAAAACUCUCGAAUGAAGAAUAUCAGUUUCCAACUCUGA